GCAAGAAGUGUGACAACUGAUCACCGAUCAUCCUUGCCUAUACCAGAAGCCCAAGACGCAUUGCCAUGGGGAACAUGCCUUCGCAGCAUGCACUUUUGCAUCCGCACUUGGCUUCAAUGCCCCUUUCAGCAGCCUUGGCGCCAGAGAUGAGGGCUGCAUUGAGUGAAUACGAUCCGAAGGCUGCAAUACAACGAUUAGCUGAGUGCCACUUAGAGGAUGUCUUCUCCUUGCCGCUGCUUUGCCCCAACUUCUGCCAGCAACUGCGGGAGGAAGUCCAGUAUUUCCGACAGAGAGUGGAAGGUGAAGGAGAGAUCUCGCCAGGGCUUCUAUUGAGCUCCAGAUGGUACCUCUACCAAAUCAAUCCUGGCUUCAAAGUCCUUUUCGACCAGCUGCUCCAAGAGGUCUUAACGCAGAUUGACCACGCCUUGAUCCCAUCAGAGACGCACCAGAUUGCAUACCAUCAAGCGUAUUGCAUCAACUACGAGGAGGACAGAGAUCUUUCACUGAAAGCUCACACUGAUGAUUCUGAUCUUACGGUGAAUGUGUUUCUGGGCAUCCCAGGCUUUGAGGGCGCGGAGCUACUUUUGCUGGAACCCACCCCCGAGGAUGUCGCUGCAGGCACUCCACGCUUGGAACCUGGUGUCUACAAGGCCAAAACGUCGGAUGCUCACCAGGUCUAGCUGAGUAUAGCUGAUGCUUCAUGUUCCCUCAUGCACUUCAUGCCCGCCAUUUGCACCUUUUUCUGGGCUCAGUGAUCAUUCAGGCCUCACUUUCUGCUUGGUUUGUCGCGUUCCGGCUGCAGGGUGGCAUCACAGAGUAUCAUCACCGAGCUGUUGGUACAGCCGUCCUGCAUCCGGGAGAUCGCUGGCAUGCAGUGCAGCCACUGAAGUCUGGGAGUCGUUGGAACUUGAUCAUCAUGGCAAUGCGCAAUGACAAGGAAUGGAAGCGGACAUUCUAUGAUGAAACAAGUGUGCAACUUGAAGAGAAGGCAAAGUUCUUGAAGAAAGGAUGAGAAAAAAGAAAGUGUGACAGAAACACCGCCUCAUGGCCUCCCACGGCCUGCCUGCGUCAAGUGGUGCAGAAGCAGACGUUGCUGGGUCUACGCUCAAGUUGCUCAACCUGAAACCGCUUUGCCUCGACUCUGGAGUGAUGCGUCUGCCUGAGACCCCCCCGACGUUUGCAGAAGACACGACGUUUGCGACGUGGAUGUUUGCGCACCAUGGGUGUCCAACCAUGCCCGAUGCACAAGCGCAGAGCUGAAGUGAAGUCCAAGC